ACUCUUAUUUCGUCCCAAAGAACUGACUGACUCUGACUUAACAUCCCAAAAAAGCCAUUUGGUCAGAAACAAAAACAUUUUUCCAGAAAGCCAUUUUUCUAAAUUCCAAUGUCUCUCACGCUCUUCCGCUCGAUCUUGCAGCGGCCUCUGCUUCUCUACGCAGCUAUGUGGACGGUCAUCCUAACGGUGACAGUGGCGGUGGCUUCUUUCGCUCCUGAGAUUGCAUUCCUUACGGCGAUAUCGCCGUCUUCGCAGUUCUCCAAGUCGUGUAAUGCCGAAGGGUUUGUUAGAAUCCCUUUGAAUGAUCCAAGAGAAGCCAUGUGUUUUCCGGCUCACAUGGUGAAGAGGUCCAACUUAGAUUUCUUCGUGCCUACGGUGUUUGCAGCCCUGGUUGUAGCCUGUUCGGCUUGUGUGGUUCGUUCUAUGGGCUUCUGGGAAGCCGAGAGAGGUUGAAGAGAAUCUCAUGUAAUGUAAUAUUUAUAUCAUUAUAUAUCAAUAUUUUUAUUUACGUAAUUAUAUAAAUUGAUCUAAAACCAUAUUUACCCAUUUGUAAAAUUCAUCUAUAUAUAAAGGUCGUUUUCAUUUUGCUCUUA